UACUCAAUAUAAACUUCAGACCUGCCAAAAUCACAAUUCUGUAUUCUAUACCCCUUACCCUGCUGAUAUAAGGCGUCACAUUAUACAAUGCCGUGGUCCACCUUUUAAACACCUCACACCAUCCAACACCAUACAACACCAUCCCCACCAGGUCACUCGCUAAUCCAGGCUUGGACCCAUCAGACUCGUGAACGCGGCUUCCCCUCCGGGUCUGCCUUAUUCUAUUUCGUAUACCCACGACAGUUGCCGGUCUUCAUACGGCCCUGGUGAUUUCACCUAUAAAUCAGUUCCCAUGCCCUAACUGCCUAUCAUGCUUCGUCACCCCACCCCGUUAUUCCCCAAUAUGGCGUUUUCGAUUUUCCGCACAGCUCAAAGAACUCAUUCGUUUCGGGUUCCAGCUCGAUCAAUUUUCUGUUCCCCUGCUACGGAUACAGCUGGAUAUGGGUCAGGUCCGCCGCCAUCGCGAUUCGGACCCCGCCAUUUUCUCUCUGUCGAUGACGUCACCUCCCCCGAGUUUGAGCAUUUAGUCGACCUGGCCAAGAAAGCAAAACGUGCGAUUAGAGCAGGACAGACGAUCCCUUCGCUCAAGGAUACAUUGGCAGGAAGAACCGUGGCGAUGAUGUUCUCCAAGCGCUCAACUAGGACCAGAGUGUCUACCGAGGCUGCCGUUGCUCACCUGGGAGGUCACCCGAUGUUCCUCGGAAUGGAUGAUAUUCAACUGGGGGUUUAUCUUCCUAUCGCAUUCCGAGUUUUACGUGAUGGCUAAUAGUGCCUAGGUUAACGAGUCACUUCUCGAUACUUCCAAGGUUAUCUCGUCCAUGGUAUCCUGUGUAGUUGCCCGUGUGGCGUGUCAUUCCGAUAUUGUACAGUUAUCAAAGACAUCGGCUGUCCCUGUUAUUAAUGCCCUCUCCGAUACCUUCCACCCACUCCAAGCAGUCACCGAUAUUUUCACAAUUACAGAGUGCUUCCCGGAUCCGAAAGGCAUCAAGAUUGCGUGGGUAGGCGACGCAAAUAACGUUCUUUAUGACCUUGCAAUUGCAUGCGGAAAGUGUGGCAUCAACUUGUCAAUUGCUACGCCAUCCGUUUACCCAGUUCCACCAGAUACCCUCCAGCUCGCGCGUAACGCCGCAUAUUUGUCAGGUUCAUCCAUUGAGACCACUCAUGAGCCGGAAACUGCGGUGAAGGGGGCACAUAUCAUUGCGACAGACACCUGGGUCUCAAUGGGGCAAGAGUCUGAGAAAGCGUUAAGGCUUAAGCAAUUUUCGGGAUUUCAGGUAUCUUCAAAUCUCGCCAAGAGGGGUGGUGCGAAUGGGGACUGGAAGUUCAUGCACUGCUUGCCGAGGAAACCAGAGGAGGUGACCGACGAAGUAUUUUAUUCUCCAAGAAGCUUGGUAUUCACAGAAGCAGAGAACAGGCUCUAUGCAGCAAUCGCCACAUUGGUGGCUUUUGUCGUUAAGAGAGGGAAAUUUGGAGGAUAAAUGGUCCCGUUGUCUCCAGUCCUCCAUUGUUACUCAGCUUGUGUUUUACUGGUCCUGUAGAGAUUGGAGAUAACAAGCAGUAGUGCGGGGCGGAAGAUUCCUGAUUGCAUGUCCGGUCUUGUUAGAAAAAGCCCACCUACCUUGACACCUUGCCUUCCCCUCAUCUAAGGCCCGGUAUGGAGUAAUGAGCUAGAUUGUCCAUCUGUUGGGUGCGUCGCGUGGCGCGGGGGAUUUGGCUCGCGACAAAAUUAGUGUAAAUCAUGCCUACCGCAAAAACUCGCCAAACUCGCUAUGCAGGUAUUGGCGCUAGGGCUUGGAUAGGAGCUUUUUUACCCGGAGAAAUGACGGAAAAUGACAAUAACACCUGAUUAUUAUUAUGUCAUUAAGCUUAUGGAGCCAGAGGCUAUGAAGCUGUAAAAGUACAUGAUUGUAGUGCUUCCCAC